AUGCAGGUUGAGUCGCCCCCGUCCCGUGCAUCUUCUCACUAUGGCAUUGAGGCAACGCUCCGGGAGGAUAGAACCGAGCCCACCACUUCCGCUAAACUGCCCCUAAACAAGGAGGAACUCGACUAGAAGAUUAAAGAACAAAAAGUUGUCGUGGCCAACUUGAAGAAAAACAGAAAAGUUUAUAAACAGCAACCAAACACCAACAUAUUCUUCCUUGCAGACAGAACAGAAAUGCUCUCUGAAAGUAAAAACACAUUAGAUGAGUUGAAAAAAAUCCACCAGGAAAUAGAAAAUACAGAAAAAAAUAAAAUCAAGAAAUAA